ACACACAAACACAAACUCCUCAAAACCACCUUAUAAAAACCUCGUAAGUACUUUUUAAACCACUUGCAGACCAACCCUGUCCGUCUCUUACAUUCCUGGUCAUCUCCCCGUCCCUUUCAAACCCUUCAUCGCCGUCGCCGGCGACCCUCUCCGCCGGAUUCUCCGGCCACUCUAUCCAUAUCUAUUUAUCUAUACUUCCCUCUCCUCUAUAUACACCUUAUAUUCCAAAAAACCAAACACAAAGUUUAGAUUAUCUUGUUUGUUUUCGCAUCAGUCGUUUGUGAGGGACCCGGGCCCGUACCCUUUUCGGGUUAUUUAUAAAUAAGAAGAGGAGAGGGAAGACUUGAGAAAAAUUAAAAAAAAAAAAGGAAAAAGAAGGUGAUCAUAGAAUUUUAUUUAUUUGUUAGGGUUUGUGAGUGAAAUGGAACAGGUGCAAGUGCAAGCACAGGGAGUGAGUGGUGGUGGCAACCAGUUUGUGCCGAUGACUUCGCUUUAUGUUGGUGAUCUUGAUUGGAAUGUGACUGAUUCUCAGCUGUAUGAUCUGUUUAACCAGAUAGCUCAGGUGGUUUCGGUUCGGGUUUGUAGGGACUUGGCGACUGGACGAUCGCUUGGUUAUGGUUAUGUUAAUUAUAGCAAUCCGCAAGAUGCUGCUAGGGCAAUGGAGCUGUUGAACUUUACUCCUCUCAAUGGGAAGCCCAUCAGGAUAGCGAAGUCACUUCGGGACCCGACUGUACGUAGAAGUGGGUCUGGAAAUAUAUUCAUUAAGAAUUUGGACAAGACAAUUGACCAAAAAGCACUGCAAGACACAUUUUCUACAUUUGGCAAUAUCAUCUCUUGCAAGAUUGUGACUGAUGACUCUGGUCAAUCAAAGGGCUAUGGUUUUGUGCAAUAUGAUAGCGAGGAAGGUGCUCAGAAAGCUAUAGAGCAGCUUAAUGGUAUGCUAUUGAAUGAUAAGCAAGUAUAUGUAGGACCUUUCCUUCGCAAGCAGGAACGAGAGCUGGCAACAGACAAGUCAAAAUUUACUAAUGUCUAUGUGAAGAAUUUAGCUGAAGCAACAAGUGAAGAAGACCUAAAAAAAAUAUUCGGUGAAUUUGGAGAGAUCACAAGUGUUGUUGUGAUGAGGGAUGGAUACGGGAACUCGAAGUGCUUUGGAUUCGUCAACUUUGAAGAUGCGGAUGCUGCUGCUAGAUCAGUGGAGGCUCUUAAUGGUAAAAAAUUUGAUCAUAAGGAGUGGUAUGUUGGGAAAGCGCAGAAGAAGUCUGAGAGAGAGAUGGAAUUGAAAGUUAAGUUUGAGCAGAACAUGAAGGAGACGGCAGAUAAAUCACAAGGGCUAAACUUAUAUGUAAAAAAUUUGGAUGAUAGCAUCGGUGAUGAUAAGCUUAAGGAAUUGUUCACUCCUUUUGGUACAAUAACAUCAUGCAAGGUUAUGCGAGAUCCUACUGGAACGAGUAAAGGAUCAGGAUUUGUUGCAUUUUCAACCCCGGAGGAGGCUUCUAGAGCACUCUCUGAGAUGAAUGGAAAGAUGGUGUUUACCAAACCUCUUUAUGUUGCACUUGCACAGCGUAAAGAUGAUAGAAGAGCUAAGCUCCAGGCACAAUUCUCUCAGAUGCGUCCAAUUGCAUUGGCACCUCCGGCUGGUCCUCGUCUUCAGAUGUACCCUCCAGGUGGUCCAGGUUUAGGGCAACAUAUGUUCUUUGGACAAGCGCCUCCUGCUUUCAUUCCUCCCCAGCCUGGUUUUGGGUAUCAACAGCAAAUUAUUCCUGGUAUGAGGCCACCUGCUGGGGUCCCGGUGCCAAAUUUUUUUAUGCCUGUUCAACAGGGUCAACGCCCCAGCGGCAGACGUGGUGGAGCUAUUCUCCAGCACCAUCAACAGCCAAUGCCAAUGCAGCAGCAGAUGCCUCCAAGGGGUCGCGGCUACCGCUACCAACCACCACGUGGAACCCCAGAUGCUGGUAUGGCAUAUGAUAUUGGUGCCAUGCAUAUGCAGCAGGAAACACCUCUGCCUUCUGUUCCAGUUGGGGCUCUAGCCUCACUUCUUGCAAAUGCUUCACCUGCAGAGCAGCGAACGAUGCUAGGGGAAAGUCUGUACCCGCUGGUUGAACAGUUAGAACCUGAAUCUUCUGCAAAGGUUACUGGAAUGCUCCUAGAGAUGGAUCAGACCGAGGUUCUGCACUUGCUAGAAUCACCAGAAGCUCUUAGGGCCAAGGUCGAGGAAGCUAUGGAGGUCUUGAGGAGUGUUUCUCUACAGCAACAAGCCAGUAACCCUGCCGAUCAAUUGGCUGAGCUGUCGCUGAAUGAUGAUCAUGUGGCUUAAGUCUGUUCUGGAGUGCACUUGUAGUAGGUGAACUGCGUUCUCCUUCUAAAACAUGGCAUGACUAUUGAUUUGAUUGUUUGAACCGGAUUUGUUGGAUUUCCUGAUAAGAUAUUCCUUUUGUGCUCUUUGCUUACUGUGUUUGAUCUGAAAUGUUUUAUAUCAAUGUGGAUUGAAGACCAUCUGUACAAAUUGCAAAUAUUAGUUUCGUUGAAGUUGAGGCACACUAUUGUUUUAUAUUUUAA